AUGACGUUACCAUGGAAACAGCUUCUUCUGCUAUCAAUCAUCGACUGUCUCGCAGGUAGAAAAAUAAUAUAUUUGAUGUGUAAUGAUUCUUUUGUAGGAAACAUUUACGAUUCGAGUGUGACAUCCGAAAAAGCUGGAAAUCAUGUCACAACCAGAAUAUAUGAGUUAAACAUUCUGCUACAUUGACGACUAUGUCUUCCCCAGAAUGUUUGGACAGUGGAUCAUUCCAUGGUCCAAGAUGGAGGAUGGAACCCGGUGACUUGUUUAUCCCUGUUGAUUCUAUAGAAGAGGAGGCCACUCUUACGUGUGACGCUAAAGGAAUCCCCCCUCCUCAAUACAGGUAGGAUUCAGACUCACUCACCUGGCUUGAAUUUCUAUAUGACUACGACUACGGCUAUUACUACGUUUUACACCAGUGCCGCGGGGUCUACUGGUUUUCAUCUUUGCUUCUCAAUCAGCAACUAAUUUACACCUGUGAAAUGAGGUGUUUUGACUGUCUGGCCGAUCAGGGACUUUAAUGGGUCAGGUUUAUGUGGCGCUUCUCCACUGCUCAUGCUUUUCACAUUAAUAGCUUGUUGCUGUUUUAUGGAGGGAUGAAACAAUGGGUGAAACCCAGCUGCAGACAACGCAGAUGCUCCAAACCAGUUGCGCAAACAAAAACAAACAAGCAUUGACUGUCAACUGUCUUUGCUGUGUAGCCCACAGUACUCCAGCACAGCCAGUGUAAAUGAGAAGAAUAAAAGUGGUAUUGAGCUCACGCUACGUUCAUAAUCGCAUGUGGUUGGUAUCCCCCCAGCUAAGAUGAGGUAUUUCCAUUUGCUGAUUAAAGGCGAGACGAGCGUGUUUAGCGUUGCAUCUCUUGCUGUGCUCUGCACCACAUGCCCUCAACACCUCCUCAGCUCCUCUCUUGAAGUGUAAAUGGAAUACACUGCUCCCUCCAUUUUAUCUUCUCUCUCGCUCUCUCUCUCACACUCUCUCUUGCUCUCUCUCUCUCUCUCACUCCUGCCACUCAUGCUCUCAUACCCCCAAAGCUGGAAACAGGGUUUCUGAGGUAAAACACAAAAAGACAUUGGUCUUGUGCUGCAUAUUUGGACUCAUAUAAUCAGUGAACAUGUAAACAGUGUUUAUUAUAUGAGAUAAAGAGAAACUGAACUACAUAAUUCAAAUCACAUUUUAUUUGUCACAUGCUUCGUAAAUGACAGGUGUAGACUAACAGGGAAAUGCUUACUUACAGGCCCUUCCCAACAAUGCAAAGAUAAUAUUUUUUGAAAAAUAAUAACACAAGUAUAUAUAUAUAUAUGCCACGAGUCACCGUCUGUGAUCUAAUAAGAGCCUCUGCCUUCCUCUGUUUGUCAAGAGCCCCAGGUCAUCAAAUCCUAUCAAUUAAUUGCCAUGAUAGAGUAGCGGGAUUGAUGGACUGAGUUUCAAGGUGCUUUACCUCUCAAAUACUAUGACAUAUUUAUGUUUAAAGGGCGGCUGAACCAAAAAAACUACUUCUCUGGUUAAAAACGGCCUGUGGCGUCGGCAGUAGUCAUAAACAUCCAUUGUAGUCCCAAAAUUGAAUAAAAAGUAUAAGUAGGAUAACUUUGGUCAUAAAGUCAGUAUUUUCCAAAACUGAGAUUUGCGAGAUUUAGGAAAUGAAUUACGUUGACAUUUUCCUUGGACUUGUUGGUGUGCUGUACCAGCUUUUAUUAUUCUCCUCUUUUCUAUGAGAGUGCAGAAAGGGUGCAAUGAAAGGAAUGUGUGAAAGCAUUGCUGUGUGGGUAGUGUGAGUUUGCACCUGCUGUGGGUUUUGAGGGUGCUAAUAUUCUUAUUCAAAGAGAGAAGAACUGAGCAUAUUAUACCAAUCGAGAAAGAACAAGGUGUUACUGUUUGUGACUAUAGUAUGUGUAUUUUUGACCCAUAGGCCUCUGUGGAGAGUGGAAACAAUGUAUUUGAGAGUUUGUCUUAAGUGGAUGGGAUAUCCAUAUCAACCGUAAAACUGAAAUAACACUAAAUAUUAUGAAUGCAUUUACAUAUAAUUAAAAGGACAUAACACAUCAUUUAAGUUUGUUGGAUGUCUUCAAACUCCAAAAGAAGUCUGUCAAGAUGAGUCCAAGUCCCAUGCCAUCCGUUGUGUAGGUCCAGCUACAGUAUACAAUAUGUCUCCAAAUGAAUGGAAAGGAUAACACAAAUCUGGUAAUGAUAUGGUUCUUAGUAUUUUCAUUCAUUUUAGAUUGUAGGAUAUAGCUGGAUCUACAAAGUAGAUGGCCUGGGACAUGGACUUAUCUCAACAGACAUUCUUCUUAUUUAUCUUAGCUUGAAGAUUUACAAAUUGUUAUGAAUGGUUAUGGAUAUUGAUAUGUACUUCAACUAUUGACAUAGUAAAGACUCAUGCACAGUAUGUCCCUUCAUUUGAAAUGACAAAACAACAAAAGCAACAAACAACCAUAAACCGUACCUACCUGUAUAUGUUAUUUUUUAUCAUUGACCUCAAAAUAUCAAUGAACUUUAAGUACCAUCCAAAUAACGGUUGCUGCCUUUAUUGAGUUUUAGUUUUCAAUUUGAUCCCAUAAAUCCACUGUGGUCAAUAGAUGGAGAUGUGCUGUGAAUAUUGCCAGCAGCUGAUGGUAUUUCUGCCCUCACAGAUGGUCACUGAAUGGAACUCUCAUAAAUCUGGAGUUGGACCACCGGCGUCGGUUGUCUGGGGGCAACCUCAUCAUAAGAAGUCUGGACCGCUACCAGGAUGGGGGAAGGUACCAGUGUACGGCCUAUAACACAAUAGGAGCCAUUCUCAGCAGAAGAGCAAGCCUACAGUUUGCCUGUAAGUUAAGAACAGGCCAUAAUACUGCCUCCUGUGACACUGCAUUAUAUUGCAUUAUUACAUUGUCACCAUUGAUAAUAACACACCAUACCUUAUAAAUGCAUUAUAAUGCUUUACAUGCAGGUGGUUCAUAGGGGGAAAUGAGUGUCAUCAGUGUGCUGUAUUUAUAUUCUAAGACGUCAUAAAUUGACCCGUUUCUCUUCUAGACUUGGAUCAUUUUAAACUCCACACAAGAAGUGCGGUGUCAGUUCGAGAAGGACAAGGAGUUGUGUUACUCUGUGGAACACCCACCUCCUCAGGAGGUAUUGAAUGACUUUUGUUAUCUUCUUUUACACUUGACAGUCCUAUAUGAAUCGACAUGGCAUUUCAACUAUACUUUAGCACUACUACUUAAGAAUGAUUCUGCAGUCAUAUUACAGUUUAAUCAAUGCUUUUGGUGCAAUUUUUUUACAAAUAUGUGGUCAAUUUUCUCAACUUAUAGCACAAAACUCAAAUCGUCAAAAAGGCUUCAUGUCCAAAUCAUCCUAAAGUAUCGUCCUAGAUUGAUUGUGUUGCUCAAUGAAGUUACAUAUAGGGCAAUUCCACACCAGUUUGGCCUAAAGAUAGUCAUGAUGUUUUUAAUCUUCCUCAAAUGAAGUCCAUAGAAAGGUUGUUUUGGGGAAUUAAGAAAUAUUUAAAUAAAGUUGGCACAUCUGUGAGACUUUGGCCUUACCCAGGUCUCCUUUAGGACACUACAACGAUUAGUCUGUAGAUGCUACUAGGGCAGUCUUGGUGUCUUUUGAAACAUUACUGUGUGCUCUGAAAUAUGAGUAGGUUUUACAUUAAGAAUGCAAUUUAUUUACUUUAAUAUAUAGAUAACAUAUAUAUAAAUAAAACAUAUUUAACAUACAGUGAGGGAAAAAAGUAUUUGAUCCCCUGCUGAUUUUGUAAGUUUGCCCACUGACAAAGACAUGAUCAGUCUAUAAUUUUAAUGGAAGGUUUAUUUGAACAGUGAGAGACAGAAUAACAACAAAAAAACCAGAAAAACGCAUGUCAAAAAUGUUAUAAAUUGAUUUGCAUUUUAAUGAGGGAAAUAAGUAUUUGACCCCUCUGCAAAACAUGACUUAGUACUUGGUGGCAAAACGCUUGUUGGCAAUCACAGAGGUCAGACGUUUCUUGUAGUUGGCCACCAGGUUUGCACACAUCUCAGGAGGGAUUUUGUUCCACUCCUCUUUGCAGAUCUUCUCCAAGUCAUUAAGGUUUCGAGCCUGACGUUUGGCAACUCAAACCUUCAGCUCCCUCCACAGAUUUUCUAUGGGAUUAAGGUCUGGAGACUGGCUAGGCCACUCCAGGACCUUAAUGUGCUUCUUCUUGAGCCACUCCUUUGUUUGCCUUGGCCGUGUGUUUUGGGUCAUUGUCAUGCUGGAAUACCCAUCCACGACCCGUUUUCAAUGCCCUGGCUGAGGGAAGGAGGUUCUCACCCAGGAUUUGACGGUCCAUUGUCCCUUUGAUGCGGUGAAGUUGUCCUGUCCCCUUAGCAGAAAAACACCCCCAAAGCAUAAUUUUUCCACCUCCAUGUUUGAUGGUGGGGAUGGUGUUAUUGGGGUCAUAGGCAGCAUUCCUCCUCCUCCAAACAUGGCGAGUUGAGUUGAUGCCAAAGAGCUCGAUUUUGGUCUCAUCUGACCACAACACUUUCACCCAGUUCUCCUCUGAAUCAUUCAGAUGUUCAUUGGCAAACUUCAGACGGCCCUGUAUAUGUGCUUUCUUGAGCAGGGGGACCUUGCGGGUGCUGCAGGAUUUCAGUCCUUCACGGCGUAGUGUGUUACCAAUUGUUUUCUUAGUGACUAUGGUCCCAGCUGCCUUGAGAUCAUUGACAAGAUCCUCCUGUGUAGUUCUGGGCUGAUUCCUCACCGUUCUCAUGAUCCUUGCAACUCCACGAGGUGAGAUCUUGCAUGGAGCCCCAGGCCGAGGGAGAUUGACAGUUCUUUAGUGUUUCUUCCAUUUGCGAAUAAUCGCACCAACUGUUGUCACCUUCUCACCAAGCUGCUUGGCGAUGGUCUUGUAGCCCAUUCCAGCCUUGUGUAGGUCUACAAUCUUGUCCCUAAUAUCCUUGGAGAGCUCUUUGGUCUUGGCAAUGGUGGAGAGUUUGGAAUCUGAUUGAUUGAUUGCUUCUGUGGACAGGUGUCUUUUAUACAGGUAACAAGCUGAGAUUAGGAGCACUCCCUUUAAGAGUGUGCUCCUAAUCUCAGCUCGUUACCUGCAUAAAAGACACCUGGGAGCCAGAAAUCUUUCUGAUUGAGAGGGGGUCAAAUACUUAGUUCCCUCAUUAAAAUGCAAAUCAAUUUAUAAAAUUUUUGACAUGCGUUUUUCUGGAUUUUUUUGUUGUUAUUCUGUCUCUCACUGUUCAAAUAAACCUACCAUUAAAAUUAUAGACUGAUCAUUUCUUUGUCAGUGGGCAAAUGUACAAAAUCAGCAGGGGAUCAAAUACUUUUUUCCCUCACUGUAUAUAACAUCUGAGAGCAGUGUGUACGUAUAUGGAUGUUGACUGCGUGCAUGUUGGCACUGAGGAAGAAGUAAUUUGAUGGUAGGGGUUGUCUCAUACUGGCCUCGUGUAGCUCAGUUGGUAGAGCAUGGCGCUUGCAACGCCUGUGUUGUGGGUUCGUUUCCCACGGGGGGCCAGUAUGAAAAUGUAUGCACUCACUAACUGUAAGUCGCUCUGGAUAAGAGCGUCUGCUAAAUGACUAAAAUGUAAAUGUAAAUGUCUCAUGAUCCCUUUUGUCCUCUCUCCAUCCCUUUGGGAGCUUUCCUCAAAACACGUGACGCCAGGUGUAAGGGGUUAUACAUUUACAUUUACGUCAUUUAGCAGACGCUCUUAUCCAGAGCGACUUACAGUUAGUGCAUACAUUAUUCUUUUUUUUUCUUUUCUUUUUUUCAUACUGGCCUCCCGUGGGAAUCGAACCCACAACCCUGGCGUUGCAAACGCCAUGCUCUACCAACUGAGCUACCUCCCUGCCGGCCAUUCCCUCCCCUACCCUGGACGACGCUGGGCCAAUUGUGCGCCGCCCCAUUGGUCUCCCGGUUGCGGCCGGCUACAGCAGAGCCUGGAUACGAACCACCCUUUAUAAAGCAUAGCAUUUUGGGAAAUUGACAUGUUGCAUUAUGUCACAUUUGGCCAGUCACCCUACAGAGGGAGUGGUUAUGUCACCCUUGAUACACAAAUCAAAUCCAAAUCAAAUCCAUCCCAAAGAUACAUUAUCUUUAUGGCUGUGUUUACAUAAGCGGUCCAAUUCAGAUCUUUUUUACACUAAUACCCUGUGAAAGUGAAGUCAUCCUACGUCAUGUCCCGGGUCUUUUGAAUGGGCUUCAAGAUUAUAUCAUAAAAUUAAUGAAAAUACGGUCAUUUAAGAUAUAUAAAAUUAUAAUUGUAUUAGUUUAUUGAUUUACUCACACCCGAUGCCUUUUAUCAAAAUAUUUGAUGCUCAAGAAGUAGAAAAGUCUCCUGCAGCGUUGUUAGCAUGCUGGAGGGCGCCUGCUCGAGCUGAGGACCUACAGGAUGGUAAGAACCCUUUAGUUACAGGCCAUUUGAUGUGUUUCAUAAUAGAUUAUGCUUCUUUUUUUUUGCUGAAUGUUGCCACCCAGUACUUUUUGAAAAUGUAAAAUAAAUAUGUUUUUGAAUACUGGCAAGCUGUCGAAAUACCUUUAGGGAGUUGUAGUUUAUGUCUGUAGUUCAAAUGAAAGAGUUGUAACUUUUCGGCUUCGUGCUUCUUCUUGGGCGUCAAAUACAUUGAAAAUUGGCACAUGGUAAGUAAAUUCAUUCGAAAACACAUAUACAUUUUAAUAUAUAAAUUAAUUAUUCCACUAUCACGGCUCAGGAAAAGACCCAGAUGCAGACAGUUCGAAUAACGGACGUUUAUUAUAUAAACAGGGGGCAGGCAAAGGACAGGUCAAGGGCAGGCAGAGGUCGGUAGUCCAGGUCAGUGUCAAAACGGUACAGAACGGCAGGCAGGCUCAGGGUCAGGGCAGGCAGAAAGAUAAAAAACUGGAAAACUAGAAAACAGGGCUAAAAAAAACAGGAGUACGAAAAACACGCUGGUAGGCUUGACGAAACAAGACGAACUGGCAACAGACAAACAGAGAACACAGGUAUAAAUGCACAGGGGAUAAUGGGGAAGAUGGGCAACACCUGUAAGGGGGUGGAGACAAGCACAAAGACAGGUGAAACAGAUCAGGGUGUGACAGACCACGUUUUCAUGGAUUUGAGGAUGCAAAUUUGAAGCCCAUUCUUAGCCUACAAAACGAGGAUCCCGGAAGUAACAAUGAGUGUAACUUUCAUAGGGUAUUGGUGUUUUGACAAAUCACAUCAGAUCUUUUGCCAAUAAUUGGGCAAAAGAUCAGAACUGGGCUGCCUGUAUAAAUACAGCAUUUGUGUUCUUGGUUUCAAGUUUUGAAUGUUACGUCAUAUCAGUAGUUGGCUAAAUCUCCCCCUCAUUUCCCUUUCUAGACCUUAGUUAUGCAUGGGUCUUCAAUGAAUACCCAUACUUCGUCCAGCAAGACAACCGGCGCUUCGUAUCUCAGGAGACUGGCAACCUGUACAUCGCCAAAGUGGAGCCCUCAGAUGUGGGCAACUAUACCUGUGUGGUGAUGAACAGCAUCACAAAGGGCAAAGUUCACAGCUCACCAACAUCUCUGGUCCUGAGGAAAGACGGUGAGCUUAUUCAUCAGAAGACCUUGCAUAAUGAUUCAUAACAUACAGGUAGCAGGCGUAGGUAGGCUUUCAUUGAGCCAGAUAACUUUUUGUAGUAUAAUAAAAAAAUGACUUUUAUUUUGAAGACACCUUAUACGUGAUGUUGAAUAAAUGUGUUAUGAAUGUGGUAUGAAUGAUACAGCAACAUUCAUGAAGGUGUUAUGUACAGUAUACACCCUUCGUAUAAGCUAACAUUGUUAUUACCUGGUAUGCAUUGUUUAGUUGCCAGGCCAUGUUCAUUAUAGCACUAUGUAGGCUUUAUCACCGAUGAUCCAGGUGCCUUAUUUUCUUACUUGGCUUUUUUAACAACUGCCUGUACUUGGAGGAAUCCAAUGAACUGUUCCUUAUAGCUACAGUAUGUAUUUAGCUCUUCACACUUUUGCAGAAAGUAAACACUGCCUUUGGGUUGAAUUAAACAUUUAAACAUUAACCAUACGUUCAAAAACAGCCAGACCCUCAAGAGAUAACCUUAGUGUAUUCCACCCAGGAACUGAGGAUUUAAAUUAUUUGUUGCUGUUAUUUCACUACACUCCCUCGACAUGCAUGCUUAAAGCUGCAAUAUGUAACUUUUUAGGGCGAUCCGACCAAAUUCACAUAGAAAUAAGAGUUAUAGAUCUGUUAUUCUCAUUAAAAGAAGUCUAAGAAGCGGUAGAUUUGUCUUAUGUGAGCUAUUUCUAUGCUUCCCAUUCUUAAGUGUAGUUUUUGCCUCUUUUACUUUAGUUUUUGUACACCAGUUUCAAAUAGCAGAAAAUACAAUAUUUUUGGUUAUGGAAAAUAUAUUUCACAGCAGUUUAGAUGGUACAAUGAUUAUCUACGUUAAAUUGCUUGUUUUGUCACAUAAACUGAAAUUAGGUGAACUAUUAGAAUUUUUGCAACCAGGAAAUGGCGGAGUGAUUUCUGCAUAGUGUACCUUUAAGUGGAGUAGCCGUUCAGUUCACCUACAUGCUGACUAGACCGGGCGCACGUGCAUGUUGAUUUUUUCCACCCACACCAGACGCGAUCAGGACACGCAGGUUGAAAUAUCAAAAUUAACUCUGAACCAACUAUAUUAAUUUGGGGACAGGUCGAAAAGGAUUAAACAUUUAUGGCAAUUUAGCUAGCUAGCUUACUGUUGCUAGCUAAUUUGUCCUGGGAUAUAAACAUUGGGUUGUUAUUUUACCUGAAAUGCACAAGGUCCUCUACUCCGACAAUUAAUCCACAGAUAAAAGGGUAAACCGAGUGGACUGGAGUGUGGACCUCCUUUCAUCUUUCGAUCACCCACGUGGGUAUAUGCUCCUUAAAACCAAUGAGGAGAUGGGAGAGGCAGGACAUGCAGCGCGUGGAGCGUAACAAAUAGAACUAACUUCUGGCUACACAGACGCUCGUUGACUCGCGAGAGCAGUGUUGGUGCAAUGAUUGAAUAACAUGUAUGUGUAAAUGUAUUUUGCAACGCUGGCGGUCUGGCUGACCACACAUUGCUAAAUAAAUGUACACAUACAUGUUAUUCAAUUAUUGCACCCACACCGCUCAAGCGCGUCAAAGAGCGUCUGCGUAGACAGGCCCUAAAAUAGAACUUGUUUCUAUUUGUGACGCUUGAUGCACUGCAAGUCCCACCUCUCCCAUCUCCUCAUUGGUUUUUAGGAGCAUAUACCCACGUGGGUGAUUGAAAGAUAAACUGAGGUCCACACUCCGGUACAGUUGGUGAUGAUAAUGCACAUGCACAUUAAAGUUGGUUGUCAACCGCCAUAUAAAGUCCAAAGAAGAAGAAGAUGCCUGAAGGAGGAGAGAUUACUAGAAACAAACUCGGUUUACCCUUUUAUCUGUGGAUUAAUUGUCGGAGUAGAGGACCUUGUGCAUUUCAGGUAAAAUAACAACCCAAUGUUUAUAUUCCAGGACAAAUUAGCUAGCAACAGCAAGCUAGCUAGCUAAAUUGCCAUAAAUGUUUAAUGCUUUUCGACCUGUCCCCAAAUUAAUACAGUUGGUUCAGAGUUCGUUGUGAUAUUUCAACCUGCGUGUCCUGAUCGCGUCUGGUGUGGGUGUACAAAAUCAACUGAUUUUGUACGUUUGCCUACUGACAAAGAAAUGAUCAGUCUAUAGCUUUGUCAGUGGGCAAACGUACAAAAUCAGCAGGGGAUCAAAUACUUUUUUCCCUCACUGUAUACCUUGCGUUGUGAGGCCAAACAAAAGCAUAGUAAAACUAACAGAAAUAAUACAUGCAUAAACACUCUUUCUAACACGCUGACUAGACCGGGCACCUGCGUGCGCCAUCGCGCAUGUUGAUUUUGUACACCCACACCAAUAAUGGAAGCAUGAACAACAACUACUUGUACUUGUACUUCAUAGGAGUAAUGGGAGAAUACGAGCCGAAAAUAGAAGUUCAUUUCCCUGACACCGUACCAGCAGCAAAAGGAUCAGUGGUUACACUGGAGUGUUUUGCUCUUGGGAAGUAAGCUGUAUUUCUUGGAGCAUGUUUUCAAUCUUCCCUCUUCUUUCACUCACUCAAAGCAUUUUGGGAUUUUUAUAGAGCAGUGUCACUAGGAAAAUUAUGUUUGUUAGACUGUGGCAUCUCUCUAUUAUUCGUCAGAAUAGCUUUUGAAUACAAUGAUUGUCAACGUCGGUUUGUGAAGGGCCACAUGCAUACUUUCUUCAAAUGACUUUCUCUCUUUAUUUAAUGUAUAGAAUACGAAAAUAAGUUGCAUAAAAUCUUGUUAGAUAUAGUCUAACAGAGAAGAUGUGGAGUCGACAUGUUUUGUGGAGUCGACAUGUUUUGCUUUCUGUCUUUCCUAGCCCUGUCGCUGAGAUUACGUGGAAGAGGGCUAAUGGAGUCCCGUUCCCCAGCAAAGUGAAGAUGAAGUACUCCAAUGCCGUCUUGGAGAUCCCCAGCUUCCAACAGGAUGACACGGGGGGCUAUGAGUGUGUGGCCGAAAACAAGAUGGGGAAGAACAUCGCUACAGGCCGACUGGCCUUCCACGGUACUGUCACACUGUGGGAUCGCAAAUAUAAUUUUAACCAUCAGCCGAGUCAGUUAAAAACACUCCUUUUUACAAUGACAACCUGUUAAGUGGUUAGGGGCAAAUGCAGCGAUAGAUAAUGAAAAUGAUAUGUACAAUAAAGUUACAAAACAAGACAGACAUCACAAUACAAAAGGACAAAAACACAUGGCAACAACACAACAAACAGUAAAAACAAUCCAUAUAUGGUCAGCAAUCAUUUGUUAGGACAUCAAAUACAACAAGCAUACCAUCCUACUUUCAAGAGGGAUGGAUUUAUCCAUUUGGAAAAUGUACACUACAUUUUACAACCCAUGAACACCAACUAUUGGUCAUUAUGAAAGCUGUGCUAUACUCAAGAUAAUGCACAGGCUCUCAUUAUAUUACUGUUGCUACUACUCAUUGGCAAAGUACAGCCACUGUUGGUAUUAUAAUGUAAUAAUAUAUUGUUUGUUUAUUGAUUUUACACUCAACAAAAAUAUAAAUGCAACAUGCGACAAUUUCAAAGAUUUGAUUGAGGUACAGUUCAUAUAAGGAAAUCCAUCAAUUGAAAUCCAUUAAUAAGGCCCUAAUCUAUGGAUUUCAAAUGACUGGGAAAUACAGAUAUGCAUCUGUUCGUCACAGAUACCUUUUUUUUUUAAGUAGUGGGGGCGUGGAUCAGAAAACCAGUCAGUAUCUGGUGUGACCACCAUUUGUCUCAUGCAGCGCAACAUCUCCUUCACAUAGAGUUGAUCAGGCUGUUGAUUGUGGCCUGUGGAAUAUUGUCCCACUCCUCUUCAAUGGCUGUGCGAAGUUGCUGGAUAUUGGCGCGAACUGGAACACGCUGUCGUACACGUCGAUCCAGAGCAUCCCAAACAUGUUCAAUGGGUGAUAUGUCUGGUGAGUAUGCAGGCCAUGGAAGAACUGGGACAUUUACAGCUUCCAGGAUUUGUGUACAGAUCCUUGCGACAUGGGUGAUGGCGGCAGAUGAAUGGCACGACAAUGGGCAUCAGGAUCUCGUCACGGUAUCUCUGUGCAUUGAAAUUGCCAUCGAUAAAAUGCAAUUGUGUUCUUUGUCCGUAGCUUAUGCCUGCCCAUACCAUAACCCCACCACCACCAUGGGGCACUUUGUUCACAACGUUGACGUCAGCAAACCGCUCGCCCACACAACUCCAUACACGCUGUCUGCAAUCUGCCCGGUACAGUUGAAACCGGGAUUCAUCCUUGAAGAGCACACUUCUCCAGCGUGCCUGUGGCAAUCGAAGGUGAGCAUUUGCCCACUGAAGUCGGUUACGACGCCGAACAGCAGUCAGGUCAAGACCCUGGUGAGGACGAUGAGCAAGCAGAUGAGCUUCCUGAGACGGUUUCUGACAGUUUGUGCAGAAACUCUUCGGUUGUACAAACCUACAGUUUCAUCAGCUGUUCGGGUGGCUUGUCUCAGACGAUCCCGCAGGUGAAGAAGCCGGAUGUGGAGGUCCUGUGCUGGUGUGGUUACAAGUGGUCUGCGGUUGUGAGACGGUUGGAUGUACUGACAAAUUCUCUAAAACGACGUUGGAGGCGGCUUAUGGUAGAGAAAUGAACAUUAAAUUCUCUGGCAAGCACUCUGGUGGACAUUCAUGCAGUCUGUGGCAUUGUGGUGUGUGACAGAACUGCACAUUUUAGAAUGGCCUUUUAUUGUCCCCAGCACCUGUGUAAUGAGGUGCACCUGUGUAAUGAUCAUGCAGUUUAAUCAGCUUCUUGAUAUGCCACACCUGUCAGGUGGAUGGAUUAUCUUAGCAAACGAGAAAUGCUCACUAAGGAACAUUUCUGGGAUAUUUUAUUUCAGCUCAUGAAACAUGGGUCGAACACUUUACAUGUUGCGUUUAUAUUUUUGUUCAGUGUGCAUUGUUGUUAUGUGUAAGCAUUGCAGGCAACUCUAUUUUUGAUUUUCAGUUAUCAUUCUGGUAGAAAGCAAUUCCAGUUGGGACAGGCAUAGUCUCAUAUUGGAAGUUUAUUUGGUUAUAAUUUUAACUUCAAUAAUUUCAUUUUUCUUGCCUGGAUAGCUUCUGCUUCCUUUUCUUGUCCACGGUCUCGUGGCUGAGGCAAAUAACACUUUUGUAAUUGGAGUUGACAGGAUGGUGCUGCAGAGUGAAUUGGGCAUGUUAACAAGUAACAAUGGUGUUAAAUGACUUCCUGUGAAAGCUCCUUGAAACCCAGUUUGGUGCUGGGAAUAGGUCAGAGGUGAGUUGGGCUGUUAAACUGAUUUUGAAUUAUGAUCAUUACAGUCUGGGAGCAUUGCAGGUGAAGACCUUUGUGAGAUCUCUGUAAGAAUUCCCUCAUCCCUAGUGCAUUCAAGUGCAUGAUGGCGCUGCUGUUGUAGCUUACAGAAGGUGACUCUGUUUGAACAGAGAAUUGCACAAAAACAAUGACAUUGUUCCUCACUGUGAAGCCAAGUUCAUGUUUGUUUUACUAAAGAUAGCAGAUACAGUAGAGACUGCCCCAUGGCAGUGAAGUGGACAUUGCCCUGUGUAGGGUGCAGCUUUCGGAUGGGACGUUAAACGGAUGUCCUUACUCUCUGUGGUCACUAAAGAUCCUGUGGCACUUAUCGUAAGAGUAGGGGUGUUAACCUCAGUGUCCUGGCAAAAAUUCCCAAUCUGGCCCUCAUACCAUCAUGGCCACCUAAUCACCACCAGCUUUCAGUUGGCUCAUUCAUCCCCUCCCCUCUCCCUGUAAAUCUUCCCCACGUCUUUGCUGUAAAAGAGAAUGUGUUCUCAGUCAUCUUACCUGGUAAAAUAUGGGUAAAAUAAAUUGAAUAAAUAAAACAUUUUGUCUACUGUUUUGCAAAAAAAGUGUUUAGCAAUUGCAUUUAGUGUGAAAACGAUGAGAAAUGACUAACUGUAAGAAAAGGUUAUUGUUUUGGCCAUGUGGAUCCCAGUUUUGAUCACGUAGAUCCCAGUUUUCUUCACAGUGUUCAAGCAAUCGAGGAAAAACUGUAAGAGGACUUCCCCUUUAAAACCCUCUACUAAUAUGCAGUCAGUCAUUGACAUGGAGUAUUUUGUAUCUUUCAUAGCCAAACCUCAGUGGAUUCAGACCAUGAGAGACACGGCCCUAGCCAUAGAGGAGAGGCUUCACUGGGAGUGCAGGGCCAACGGGAAGCCCAAACCUUCCUACAACUGGCUGAAAAAUGGCCAAGUGCUGAUCACUGAGGUAAACCCCACCUUCCCAUCCAUCUCUCAUGAGUUCUUUGUCCAUCUUACAGAAAGGAAGGUGCUAGCACACUGAACAUUUCACAAUCAAAUCCAACUUUUAGGAGUAUAAGCAUUGUCCAGGCACCUUCCUUACAUUGAAACAUUGCCUUGCACCUGUGACAUGGGUGUGCAUCGAGAGAGAUAUAGCGUGUGUGUAAGAAAAGAGAUAGCAUAUCAGACUCUCUACAAGCUGCUCCAUUUCAAGAGAACAGGCAAACACUCUCCAUUAUUCAUAGCCCAUGUUCAAGCUUCUGCAGAUUUAGUUAAUCUACUGUGAAAAGUACACGGUAGCAGACCAAACUUGAACCCCAGAGAAGUGCAUCUAGAUGUUUCUUCCACAUGCACUUUUGUACCACUUUUUUAUUCUUUACAUUAGCGGGAUAUUUUGUAUAAUUUUACUCCUUACCAAAACCCUCCUAAUGGUUAUUUUUACUGUAAUAAGUGUGUUUUAUUCUAUAAUGUUCAAAUGACCUUAACAUUUACUUGUACUCCACAUGCUACUUGUGUCUGUGCCUUUGCAGGAGAGGGUCCAUGUUGACAAUGGGGUCCUGUUGAUCUCGUCUUUGAACCUGUCUGAUGCCGGGAUGUACCAGUGUGUGGCUGAGAAUAAAUAUGGCGUCAUCUAUUUCAGCACUGAGCUCAUGGUCUUAGGUAUGGUGGCUUUUAUCCAUUUCUAAAACGUGUGACUAUCCAACAAAUUGGCAAGGUCAUAUUACUGUUCUUUGAAAGGUUAGAGGGAUUCAAUAAUAAUGGGGUCAAUAAAAAUGUUUUUUACAUUUCCUGUGUCCCUUCAGCCUCUCCUCCAGACUUCACUGGUAACCUGCUCAGAGCCCUGCUUAAAGCCAAGGCCGGCACCAUAGUGACUCUAGAGUGUAAGCCCCAAGCAUACCCCACCGCUAGCAUCCUGUGGAAGAAAGGCAACCAACCUAUCCACACCAAUGACAGGUAACGUCUUACAGUACAUUCUAUAUAUGGUUUGAUUCCUUCUUUCUUCUCCACCCAUAUUAGUGCUUUAGACGAUGAUCUGUUCCUAAUUUAUUUUAGCCUUAUUUAGACAGGUACAAGAAGAUACUGAUUUCUGCAAGAAAGGAUGUAUUUCUCAAUUGGUCGGUUUUCUUUGGUAGUACAUACAAGCUCCAAAAAGAUAAAGACCUUGUAGAUGUUUUUUUCAAGAAGGAAGUGUGAUGAGGUGGUGUUGAAGGAGUCAGGCACAGGAGGGUAAAUCACGGAAUAACAGGCUUUAAUCCGCAAAAUACAGGUUUAUGCAGAAAUGCGUCAAACACACUCCAGGGCACAAAACAGGUGCACUGGAAAAUACAAAGCACACAGGAAAAUACUCCCGUCGAUAUAAAAUACACGAGCUCCACCGAGCUUCACUAACCUCCACAAUAAACAAUCACCCACAAGGACAAGGGGGCAGAGGGAACACUUAUACACAGGACUAAUUAGGGGAUUAGAACCAGGUGUGUGUGAUUGACAAGACAAGACAAUUGUGAUGAUGAUUGGGGCGGCAGUGGUUAGUACUCCGGUGGCGACGAACGCCGAAGCGUGCCCGGACAAGGAGGGGAGGCAGCCUUGGCCGAAGUCAUGACAGUACCCCCCCCCCCGCCGACCCCGGCCUCGGGAACACGGAGCAGGGCGAGCCGGAAGGCGACGGUGGAAAUCCCACAACAGGGAGGGAUUGAGGAUAUCCCUCACCGGGACCCAGCACCGUUCCUCCGGACCGUACCCCUCCCACUCCACGAGGUACUGAAGGCCCUCCACCCGAUGCCUCAAAUCCAGGAUGGCACGGACAGAGUACGCCAGGGCCCCCUCGAUGUCCAGAGGAGGUGGAGGAACCUCCCGCACCUCAGACUCCUGGAGCGGCCCAACCACCACCGGCCUGAGGAGAGACACAUGAAACGGUAAUCGGGGGGGGGAGUAACAACCUAUACGUAACCUCGUUGAUUCUCCUCAGGACUAAAAACGGCCACACAAACCGCGGGCUCAGCUUCCGGCAGGGCAGGCGGAGGGGCAGAUUCCGGGUCGAGAGCCAGACCCGAUACCCCGGUACGAAGACCGGGGCCUCACUGCGUUGACGGUCAGCGUUGGCCUUCUGACGACGCACGGCGCACUGGAGGUGAACGUGGGCAGCGUCCCACAUCUCCUCCGCGCACCGAAACCAGUCAUCCACCGCAGGAGCCUCGGUCUGGCUCUGGUGCCACGUGCCAGAACCGGUUGGUAACCUAAAACAUAUUGGAAUGGUGUUAGGUUAGUAGAGGAGUGGCGGAGAGAGUUCUGGACAUAUUAUGCCCAUGGCAAGAACACCGACCACUCCCCCGGCCAGUCCUGGCAGUAGGACCGCAGGAACCUACCCACAUCCUGAUUUACUCGUUCCACCUGCCCAUUUGCCUCGGGGUGGAACCCAGAGGUCAGGCUGACCGAGACCCCCAGACGUUCCAUGAACGCCUUCCAAACCUUGGACGUGACCUGGGGACCUCGGUCGGACACUAUAUCCACACCCCGUAGUGCCGGAAGACGUGAGUAAACAGGGCCUCCGCAGUCUGCAGGGCCGUGGGGAGACUGGGCAGAGGAAGGAGGCGGCAGGACUUGGAGAAGCGGUCCACAACGACCAGGAUGGUGGUGUUACCUUGGGAGAGGGGAAGAUCAGUUCGAAAAUCAAUACUAAGGUGAGACCAUGGUUGUUGUGGAACUGGUAAUGGUUGUAGCUUACCCUGUGGGAGGUACCUAGGUGCCUUACUCUGGGCGCACACCGAGCAGGAGGAGACUCACAUCCUUAGCCAAGGUAGGCCACCAGUACUUUCCGCUCAAGCAGCGUACUGUACGGCCGAUACCUGGGUGACCAGAGGAGGGUGACAUGUGUGCCCAGAAGAGCAGACGAUCACGGAUAAGAGCAGGCACGUACCGCAGCCCAGCUGGACACUGAUGUGGAGAUGGAUCUGUGCGUAAUGCCUGCUCUAUAUCCGCGUCCAUCGCCCAUACUACCGGCACCACAAUGCAGGAGGCCGGGAGUAUGGGGGUGUUGUCUCUGGGCCUCUCCUCUGUGUCAUACAGCCGAGACAGUGCGUCUGCCUUCACGUUCUUCGUAACCGGAAUGUAUGACAAUGUAAAAUCAAACCGGGUGAAGAAUAGGGCCCACCUGGCCUGGCGAGGAUUCAGCCUCCUCGCUGCCCGGAUGUACUCCAGGUUAUGGUGGUCCGUCCAAACGAGGAAAGGGUGUUUCGCCCCUUUGAGCCAAUGAAAUGCGAUCUCCCUCCAUCUCCACACCUGAGGUGGUAAUGCGGUAUCCGAGGAAGGAGCCCAAGCAUGUCCCGAAACACCUCGUUCACAAAGGACUGGAAGACAGAUGGAGCAUUCAUCAAACCGUAGGGCAUCACCAGGUAUUCAUAAUGCCCGGUGGUUGUGCUGAAUGCUGUCUUCCACUCAUGCCCCUCUCGAACACACACCUGGUUGUAUGCAUUCCUGAGAUCUAGCUUUGUGAAGAAGUGCGCCCCAUGCAUUGACUCAUUCACUGGAGGAAUGAGGGGGAGAGGGUAACUAAAUCUAAUCGUCUCCUUGUUCAGUAACCGAUAAUCAAUGCACGGGCGCAGACCGUCGUCUUUCUUCUUCACAAAGAAGAAACUUGAGGUUAGUACUCCGGUGACGACGAAUGCCGAAGCCUGCACGAACAAGGAGGGGAGGCAGCCUCGGCCGAAGUCGUGACAGGAAGAGCAUACUUAAAAAAGUAAUCUCUACUUAAAUAACCAAAUCAUAUCAAGAAAAUAUCUAAAUGUCAAUGACUUGCUAUUAGUUUCAUAAUUGAUGGUGUGCUCUAAAAAUGUUGAAAUAGAAUGUUCAGAAUAACAGACACAAUUCAAUGGGUUAGAAUUUACCCACUGGGCACAGACGUCAAUUCAUUGUCUAUUUCACGUUGGUUCAAUGUAAUUUCAUUGAAAUUACAUGGAAACAACAUUGAUUCAACCAGUGUGUGCCCAGUGGGUAGAUUUCUUUGAUAUAAUUUUAGGCACUGGUGCCCACUGGUGUUGAUAGGGUUUAACACAUGACAAGUUCAAUGUAAACAGGGUCAUACUCAUUAGGCAAGAAAACAGACAAACUCAUUUUCGUUUUCCAUUACAAAACCUUUUUAAAUGUUUUCCGUUCAAUGCCUUAAUGAAAAUGACCCAGUGUAGCGGACGUGAGUCGGCCUUACGGUCUCCUGAUGAGGUAGCCCUGCCUGGGAGAAUAUUAAAGCAUCCUGCCCAAGAAUAGCAAAGCACCCUUUAAUGGUUCAAACAGCCAACCAAUCAACCAGUGCUUAGCAAACUUUUGGAAAAAAUGGUGUUCUACCAAAUACAAUGUUAUUUUACAGAAAACUAAAUAACAACAGACUUUCAGCAUGCUUAUAGGAAAGGGCACUCAACAUGCUCGGCACUGACACAAAUGACUGAUGACUGGCUGAAACAUGCUUGUCAAUCUCUUCUGGUUCAAAGUUGAGGAGAGAUUGACUGCAUCACUAUUGGUCUUUGUGCGAGGUGUUGAUGUGUUGAAAGUCACGAACAGUUUGCUUAAGCAGUUUGGACAUUCAUCGGUACCACACAAGAUAUGCAACCAGAGGUCUUUUCAAAGUCUCCAGGUCCAGAAUAGAAUCUGGGAAACGCAUAGUAUUAAAUAGAGCCAUAACUACAUGGAACUCUCUGCCACCCCAGGUAACUCAAGCUAGCAAUAAAAUCAGAUUUAAAAAAACUGAUAAAAGAACACCAUACGGCACGACGGGGACUGUGAGUAGACACAGACAUUUGUAUGUAUUUUGCAUUGUAUUGUAUUAUGUAGUGAUAUGUGAUGCGUGGUUGUCUCGCCUGGCUAUCAUGAGAUGAAUGCCCUAGCUGUGGGUCGCUCUGGAUGGGAGCAUCUGCUAAGUGACUAAAUUGUGAUGUAAAUGUUGUGUUUUGUAUAUUAUGUAUUUUAUUUGUUGUGUUUUGAUUUCUGUUUGGACCCACGGAAGAGUAGCUGCUGCCUCGGCAGCAGCUAAUUGGGGAUCCUAAUAAAUAAUACUAAUACUAGUGUCAGCCUCGGCCCCAGAUGGAAUUUCCUAUUAGACUAACAGUUAAGACGUUGGUUUCGCCCGUGGGAGACGGGGGUUCAAAUCCCACCCGUGUCACCAGCUUCUCCAUUUACCCCCACAGAAUCACUCUCUCUCCAGAUGGAACUUUGAGAAUCACUAAUGUGACCAAGUCUGAUGCAGGCAGCUACACCUGCUUUGCCAGAAACCGAUUUGGGGCCUCCAGCACCACUGGAAGACUCCUCAUCACAGGUAAGGUGUUGCAUUACACAGUAGCUUAGCCCUAACUAAACCUACGCUCUGUCUAACCAAGGGUUACCAAAGGUAAGAGCUAAUUUCAUCGCGCUGAGCUGUGUUCUCUACUGUAGAGUACACCCUAAUGGCCAUUUUGCAGUAGGUAUAAUAAUGCAUUGGAAAGGUGUUUGUGAAACUACUUGACCUUUGUAUACUUGGAUGCAGCCAACCAAUUGACUCAAACAAAUUAAAUGCCCCUGAGCCGAAAUAACAAAGUUGUCGUAAAAGGAUGUUUUUAUUGCCCAUUUUGAAGUGUAUUUCUAGAAGAGUUGGUUGCUUUCCAGGUUCCUCAUACAACUAUUAACCUCUUAAACUCUGACGUCCUCUGGUGGCAUUUUCUAAACUAUGCAUAAUAUUGUAUACUACCCUCAUAAAGUACAUUUUGUUUUUUUAAACUAUAAGUCCUACAAACACAUGCUUAGUACUGUUAGAAAGGUAAGAACUGUGACUACUUUUUUAGGUUUGAAAUAAAGUAAUGUUACAAAAGGAUUUGUAAAAAAAAAAAAAAUGCAGUUUAAGCAUGCACACAGCUAUUUUAAAAGCGCAGGGCUUGUGCAAUGUAAUUUUUUGUCUUACAGGAAUGUUUUUUUGUCUUACAAGAAUGAUAUACAUAAUGAGGAGAAAGCUUUAGUCUCUACCUAUGCAUUGAUGCAAAUAUAUCCCCUGUCUGAUUCCCAGUUCAUCCACUAGAGAGCAGUAGGAGAUCACAUGACUCUUGGCUACUUGAAACCAGUUGCGUCUGGUUUGGGUAGUGAGUCACAGUGCCAAAAUGAUUUUCAAGCCUGACAUUUUAAAAUUACCAUAGGAAUCAGGCCUUUCAAGUUAUUGGGUUAGUGUUUUAAAAUAAGACACAGACAGGUGAAUAUUAUUUUCCCAUUCACUUUUCCUAUUGUAAAUUAGUGAGAUCAAUCAAUGGCGCAUGUGGAGGAUGCAUACAAAGGAAAUGUGGAUAGAAAAGGAAAUGCAUUGCUUUACUAAAUGUUUGCAAUUUUGGUGACUUGACCUGCAUAGCGUACUCUAUGAAUAUGACCAUAGCUCAUGAUUUAUGGCCUUUAUGGAGGCUUUGUGGGGGGUGGAGAUUAUGACAUUGCCAGCAGUAAGAUUUUAGUUCAAUAUCCAAAAAGACAAGGGCUGUAGCUUUCAAAUGAUAUGUUUUGGGCCCUGUACAGGGCCCAAAAGAACCCCUCAGAGUUUAACAGGUGACCCGAGUGGUAACUGUCCAAUAAUUUGGCUGCCAAACACUGCAUUUAUUUUUAAACCGUACUGUGGUAGUUGCAUUUUUUGAGGAUUUAAUUCAGAGAAUAGAUAUAUAGAGACUCAUGAGACAUCUUUUAGAUAUCAUUGUUCAUGCCGAGGCUCCAAAUAAAAUCCCUGCAAUAGUGAUAUAUUUCUUAUCCCUUCAUUCUUUAUUUUCUAAUUCAUUGAUUUCAUUUAGCAAGAUUUAGCAAGGUUGUAAUUAAUUGCCCUGACUUUUGAAGCGCAGCGGCCUCCGACAAACAAUGGCUGUAGUGGUUGCAACUCAGGGCCCUUAUUGUGUGGUCAGCAUGUGCUGUGUGUGUGUGUGGUUUAACCCAUCUUGUGGAUAACAGUCCCACCACCUCGAAGUAUCAAUCACCUCUGCUUUUUUAUAGGAUUUAUCUGGGUAUUGUAAUUGCUUUCAGGAUUACAAAAGAUUAUUUGAGUCAUGUCAGCAAACAGUAUCAGCUCUUAUUAGUGACAAGCCUGUUUAAUAACCCUUUACUUGGCUAAUCCGUUGUGAUACUUCCAUAAUGAUGGCCUGAAUACUGUAAGAAUUAUCAUAACCUGUCUGUUUAUGACAGUAGGUGUAACAGUUCCACUAUCCAUAAUUACCUUGUUAUUGAACACAGAAAGCUUGACAGAAUAGCAUUUGAUCAUACAUUGGAAUUUUCUGUUUACUUCCUGAAUUGACUGAAAUGAAAUUGACCCCAUCCCUGGUGCUUUGUGCGUGGGAUUGUUUGUACAUUUUGGGCAGAUCCAACCAGAAUUACUCAGGGGCCAGUGGACAUGGAGAUCAUAGUGGGUGAGAGCAUCGUGCUGCCCUGCCAGAUCGCCUGUGACCCCAUCCUUGACGUCUUCUUCUCCUGGGCUUUCAACGGACAGCUCAUCACCAAGACAGACAGGCAUUUUGAGCUAGUGGGAGGGGUGAGUGACCGACACACUUUGUCUUCUACACUAUUUCUUUGAACAUCUGGCAUAUCUUUCUCCAUUCAGUCCAAUUUCAAAUCAAAUCAAAUUGUAUUGGCCACAUGCGCCGAAUACAACAGGUGUAGACAUUACAGUGAAAUGCUUACAUACAGCCCUUAACCAACAAUGCAUUAUUUUUUUAUUAAAAAGUAAAAUAAAACAACAAUAAAAAAGUGUUGAGAAAAAAAGAGCAGAAGUAAAAUAAAAUAACAGUAGGGAGGCUAUAUAUACAGGGAGGUACCGGUGCAGAGUCAAUGUGCGGGGGCACCGGCUAGUUGAGGUAGUUGAGGUAAUAUGUACAUGUGGGUAGAGUUAAAGUGACUCUACCCACAUGUAGCAUAAAUAAUUAACAGAGUAGCAGCAGCGUAAAAAGAUGGGGUGGGGGUGGGGGGGCAGUGCAAAUAGUUGGGUAGCCAUGAUUAGCUGUUCAGGAGUCUUAUGGCUUGGGGGUAGAAGCUGUUGAGAAGUCUUUUGGACCUAGACUUGGCACUCCGGUACCGCUUGCCGUGCGGUAGCAGAGAGAACAGUCUAUGACUAGGGUGGCUGGAGUCUUUGACAAUUUUGAGGGCCUUCCUCUGACACCGCCUGGUAUAGAGGUCCUGGAUGGCAGGAAGCUUGGCCCCAGUGAUGUACUGGGCCGUACGCACUAACCUCUGUAGUGCCUUGCGGUCGGAGGCCGAGCAGUUGCCAUACCAGGCGGUGACGCAACCAGUCAGGAUGCUCUCGAUGGUGCAGCUGUAGAAUUUUUUGAGGAUCUGAGGACCCAUGCCAAAUCUUUUCAGUCUCCUUGAAAAGGCUUUGUCGUGCCCUCUUCACGACUGUCUUGGUGUAUUUGGACACCAAGGAACUUGAAGCUUUUUACCUGUUCCUUUACAGCCCCGUCGAUGAGAAUGGGGCCGUGCUCAGUCCUCUUUUUUUUCCUGUAGUCCACAAUCAUCUCCUUUGUCGUGGUCACGUUGAGGGAGAGGUUGUUAUCCUGGCACCACACGGCCAGGUCUCUGACCUCCUCCCUAUAGGCUGUCUCAUCGUUGUCGGUGAUCAGGCCUACCACUGUUGUGUCGUCGGCAAACUUAAGGAUGGUGUUGGAGUCGUGCCUGGCCAUGCAGUCAUGGGUGAACAGGGAGUACAGGAGGGGACUGAGCACGCACCCCUGAGGGGCCCCCGUGUUGAGGAUCAGUGUGGCAGAUGUGUUGUUACCUACCCUUAGGUCCCAUUUCUUCAACUCCAGAGUUUGCAAGUGCUGUGUAAGUGAGGUGUCCCCUGGUUUCCCCUAUUUGUUUUUAGGGGAGACUUUGGCCCUGUUCAAAUACUUUAAACACGCAGACUCUUCCUAACACAAUGAUUUCUGUAAGCAAUGGCUCUAUCACAUACCUUUAACCAAUCCAGCCAGGCCGUCAUUGUAAAAAAUAAUUUGUUCUCAAUUGACUUGUCUGGUUAAGAUUUAAAUAAAAAUGCAGCCAUGUCAGAUGAGGGAUCCGAUCAGAUCCUUCAAGGAAGGAAGCAGGCAUUCUUAAAGUAUUUUUUGAGCAGGGCCUUUGGCUAGUUGUAGCUCUGGGUUGGUUACUGUGGUCAAUAGCACCUACCCAUUAUUGCGCAAUAUCCGUGCAAGCCAAUGUGUGCUAGUGCCACAGAAGCUUGAAAGUUGAGAGAUAUGCGAUUUACUUUCUGUAAAUAAGAAAGUGCCACGUUCCCAUUGGCUUCUGUCUGAAUCUUCCUCAUGCUCACGGAAGUUACAGGAAGUAAUUAAAACACUUGUUGAGUCUCGAUUUUCAAGCUUCUCUGGCACUUUCACUCACUGGCUCCCACGCAAAUAUUGCAAGAGUAGUCUUUGAUCAGUCUCCAAUCAAUUGUUCCAAUUGUAGUUUUGUCAAUGGUAGCCCAACAUUCAUUAUUAGGUUAGCCUGAUCAAAACAUAUUAAACUUUCUACUGCAUCUUUGGUUUCAAGGACAUUUUACAGUGUCAGAGUUUUUUCAACUUAACAUUAAUCUUUUGCCUCUGUUGUAUCCUCUGAGGUUUUAUAUUUUGAUGUUCAGCUGCAAAAUUAUCACUGAUCAAGGUCUUGGAACAGAUCUUCAAUUGUAUUGGAUAUCAGUGGGAUACAAUCACGUCAUGCAGUGCCUGGACUGCAAAAAACCCAAAACUACUGGAAGAUAUGGAACACCCACACACUCUGAGAGAUUAUACAUCGGGCAUAUGUGUGUGUGACUGACAAUUUUCUUAUCGCUAAUGAGAUUCACUCCUCACAAAUUCUAUAAUGUCCCCAAAUCCAAAGAGAUUAUCAACUUAACUUACCCGCUUCAAGGAAUUAAUUUCCAUAAUUAAACCAGAUCAGCCUCGCCACUUUCCCUCCACCACAGCCAAAGGAAGACAUUCCACCAUUAAUUUAGAAUUCACUGCUGGCAGUCGUCUUCAGAAAUGAAAGUCUACAGGGCCCACAUUUUUUUUAUUUACAGUGGAGAAAACUGCCAGAAGACCCAUAGAAGCAGGAGGGGGUUACAUUACAAAUGCCCUUUUACUUACCCAAGUUGUUUGGGAUUUCUUAUGAUUGCCUUUGUAGAGGACAGCUGGGGAUCUGAUGAUCAGAAACAUCCAGUUGAAUCAUGCCGGAAAGUACAUCUGCGUGGUGGACACGGAUGUGGAGAGCCUGUCAGCAGUGGCCAUAUUGAUUGUAAAA